ACAGAAGCACUACAAAAUCAUUUCCUCGCUCUUGUAAAAGCAGCGCCAAUGUCUUCAAAGGUUUCAGUACACCAACCACAGACCCAUCAAAUGGUUCCUUCUCAUUUCGGAGAGCUAGGUGCUGUCAGCAGUCCCUCGACCUCUGCUGGUGAUGCUCCAGCUAGGCCAUGGAUGUGGUUGAACCCAGAACUCCAUGAACUCGUCGUUGAAGCUGUUAAUCAGCUGGGUGGCAGUGAAAAGGCUACUCCUAAAGUAGUGUUGAAACUUAUGAAAGUGGAUAGCUUGACUAUGUACCAUGUCAAAAGCCACUUACAGAAAUGAAGAACAGCUCAGUGCAAACCAGAUUCAUCUGAAGAGACAUCAGAUAAGAAGAGCAAUAUGCUGGAUGAAAUGUCAUCUCUAGACCUCAAGACGGAAGACAUUCAUUCUUGAGCUAAAUGUUUCUGUAUGUUCAUGUUAGGAAACUCCAGCCAUCUCAGUACUUUCGCAAAAAUUACAGAUCGUCUUGUAUGGAGAAAAAGGGUAUUGAGAUUACUGAAGCAUUGCGUGUACAGAUAAAAGUCCAAAAACAGCUUCAUGAACAACUUGAGGUAUGUUUUAGUCCAGAAAUGUAUUUUCUUAUGUUAGAGAGUUACCUUUUUCAUAGUGGGAACUUUAGCUGGAGAGAUGUACUUUCCUAACUUAAUUGAACUUGAUAUCUUUCUGGGUUAAUUGCGGAUUGACCCCCUGCCUGUAGUUCUAUUGUUGCAGAUAGACCUCCAGAGUGAAACUUUUUUGAUCCUUUUCACGGUCUAUUUGCAACAAUAGAUUUUCACACGGGCCUAUUUGCAACAAUAGAACUCUUUCAAGGAGUCUAUGUGCAACAAUAGAACUACAUUGGUAGUAAGUUCUGUUUGGUCAUAGAAGAGGUGGUCUAUCAGCAAUCAGCCCCAUCUGUUUUCCUUAAAUCUGUAUUACCUUUUUUUUCCUUCUAGAUUCAGAGAAAGCUACAGUUGUGAAUUGAAGAACAAUGGAGGCAGCUUCAAAUUAUGUUCGAGAAGCAAAAAUCAGGCAUCCACAAGCUCACACCAUCUUUGAGUAAUCUAGACAAUUCAAAUGCCCAAUCUUCGAGCCUAACCCUACUUCUAAACAAUCUAUCAGAGAAGGAUCAAGAAAAAAUAGGAAAUUUUUCUGUGAAAGGGAAAACUAUAGUAGACGGCUCCAGGGAAGUGGGUAAUAAGGAUAAGUGGUCGAAACGC